GCACUUAAUGCCAUGGUCUAGUUGACAGGGUGAUGUUGGGUUACAGGUUUGACUCCAUGAUCCCAGAGGUCUUUUCCCACAUAAAUGAUUCUGGGACUCUGUGUCCCUUGUCCUCAAGCUGCUUCCCCACACCACAGUGGCCUGGGAGUGCCCUGGCAGUAUUGGCCCUGCUGUACCUCCUGCCAGCCCAGCAUGGGACUGGUGCUGUUUCAGCUCCCAUGGAUGCUGCUUCAUCCCUGCCAUUCCUCGUGCUGCUUCCCUGGGCCUCUCCCACCUCCAUGGUUUUCCAGCCUAGCCCUGCCUGGAGCCCUGCUGUCCUCAGGCCCCAUUUCCCCUUCCUGGGCACGGUGUCUCUGUGGAGCAGCCAGGGCCUGGGGCAUGUGGGAACUUUCACCUGCUCCCCAAAAGGGGCAUGUGGGAACUUUCCAUCCCCCCAAAAGGGGGGUGCCCCCCCAAAUUUGUACCAAGUUUCUAGCAGACAGAGGCCACCCAGGUUAUUAAAGCUGCGGUUCAACAGCAUCCGUGUGUCUGUCCUGUGUCUGCCCACCCUGAGGGUUGGUGGCUGUGCCCCUGGGACAGGUUUGGGGGCCAGGGUGUGUCUGAGUCUGACACCACUCAUGGCUGCGGGGCACCCACUUUAUUCCGUGUGGCUGCAGCCGGGGGCUGGCAGCCCUCCCACCAGGCUGAGCCUGUGCUCCCACAGGCAGGUUCCCAGCACAGAGCCGGCUUUCCCUCGGGAGCGGCAGCCGGAGGCCUGGGAUAACUCCUGUGGCUGGGGCUGCCCAGUCUCCUGGCAGCGCUGGUGGCUCGGUGCAGGGAGCCGGUCCUGCCAGGCCGGCUGUCCCCAGGCCCUGGGCGCGGCUCAGGGAGUCUGCGUGGUGGCGUGGGCCGUGCCUGCCCGUCGGGUGUCCCGCAGGCGCUGGCUGUGCUCGGCGAGCUCCGCAGCGUCCCGGAGCGCCUCCUGCAGCAGCGCCCGGUGCCGUCUGCAGCCCUGCAUCUCCUGGUGGUGA